CCUAGACACAACGGCAAUGCUUAUUCGUCGAAAAAUCUGAAUCAAGGAAAAUGACGAGUAUCAGGUCGCAAGUAGACUACAUGUACCUCAGCCGCAUGUUAAUUUUAGACACCUGUUUUUCGCUCGCAUAGCAUCCUGGGUGAGUCCUUUCUCUUCCAUCAAGAUGGCGGCCGCCAUUGUUACCGGAAUCAUCCUUGCGCUCUUUGCAGUAAUGUUCAAUUUUUCCGUUCACAAAAUUGAUGAAGGACAUGUAGGAGUUUAUUAUCGGGGUGGUGCACUGCUGUCAUCUACCAGUGGACCUGGUUAUCACAUAAUGGUUCCAUUUCUAACAUCAUUCCGCUCAGUGCAAACUACAUUACAGACUGAUGAAGUCAAAAAUGUUCCAUGUGGAACAAGUGGUGGAGUUGUUAUUUACUUUGAUCGUAUUGAAGUUGUAAACAUCCUUGAAGCUUCUUCAGUAUUUGAUAUUGUCAGAAACUACACUGCAGACUAUGACAAAGCAUUGAUAUUUAACAAGAUACAUCACGAAUUGAACCAGUUUUGUAGUGCACACACUCUUCAAGAAGUUUACAUAGAUCUGUUUGAUCAAAUUGAUGAGAACUUGCGUACAGCUCUUCAGUUAGAUCUGCUAGCUAUGGCUCCUGGCUUGCGAGUGCAGGCUGUGAGAGUCACCAAACCAAAGAUACCAGAAAGCAUUAGACGCAACUAUGAAGCAAUGGAGGGGGAAAAGACAAAAUUGUUGAUUGCCCAACAGAAACAAAAAGUGGUUGAGAAAGAGGCAGAGACAGAAAGGAAGAAGGCUGUUAUUGAGGCUGAGAAGGCAGCUCAAGUGUCAAAGAUUCAAUAUGAUCAGAAAAUUAUGGAGAAAGAGAGUCUCAGGAAAAUGUCCGAGAUCGAGGAUGGUGCUCAUGUAGCCCGUAUGAAAGCUAGAGCUGACGCAGAAUUUUACACUGCUGUGAAACUUGCUGAGGCCAAUAAGCUUAAACUGACGCCUGAGUACCUGGAGCAGAUUAAGUACAACUCCAUUGCCUCUAACACCAAGAUAUUCUUUGGACCCAGUAUUCCGAGUGUUUUUCUUGACAGCAAAUUCUUCAGUCAGCCUUCCAGCAUAGAUUCUGCUGCUAAAAACCAACAAAGUGCGGAAGACACAAUGGAAAGCAAGGAUCAGUGAUGAGUUGUAAUUUUUCCUGGGUUUUUGCGUAGAAGGCUUUCCUCUGCCAGAGGAUCAUGCAAACGAGUUUAAUAGCAGUGGUUUUUGAAAUGGAUCAUUGGACAUUGUAAACAAGUCACGUUGGAAGUAUCAUGUCGUGUAUUUGCGGUGGCCCUGUCGCUGGGUAACGGAGCUUAUAUCUUUAAGGGUCCUACGUCAGGAUAAUUGAACCAAACGAGCUGUUUUAUCAUCUUCGUAUGUUUCUGAGCAUUAUACCAUAUAUUUGUUACAUAGACCUCAUAUUUCCAAGGUGUAAGCGAUCGUUUCAUAAAUUUCAGGGAUAUAGCUAAGACAAACUUAAGCUGGCUUAUUUAAUGCGCCCAGCCGCUUUUUUAUGGCCAUUAAGCGUGCAAAGGAAUUCGUGUCUGAUAGCUUUAGGUUGGCGGAUUUUGUCCCUAGCUAGCCCGAUGGCAAGUGAAGUUCUUUGGUUGUUGUUAUAUGACCGAGAAAAUUACUUCAUUGUGAUUGGCUGGGAGCAGGUCAAUUAAUCGUUUAUUUUAAUUUGCACGCGCGUUCGUUACUAUCUCAGUCAUAUAAUAAGCGAGUAAUCGUAUGAAAACUCGAGCAAUUAAGCAUUUACGCUGAUUGUGAUAUUUGUAGGGCUAUUAAGAAUUACUUUCGGGCUAGUCAGGCGUCAUCCGUUUUAAUGUUCUGGAUUGCAAGACAGUAUACUAGGGAGCUCAAGCAAACCGCGCCGGCAUUGGCAACGAAAACUUGAACAAACAAAAGGUUUAACUAGCAGAGCGAUGGCGUGCAUAUGCGUAUUAAAUCUUUCUACAUUUCCUGGGCAUCGUCUGCAAAGUAACCAAGUUUUGAGUAUUUUGGAAAAUGUGAGCCACGACGACUAAUUUUUUGUAUAUAUAUUCUGUGAGCAAGUUUUUAGACCGAUCGGCGUACUGAACAGAUCUACGUAAUCGUCAAAUUCGAUGGUAAAAUAUAUAAACUCAUUUUUAAUUUAGUCGUCGCCUUAGGCGUCGCUGUCACCAUUGCCUAAGCUCCCUCUUCGCAGCAACUUCAGGCAUGCCAUGCCACAUGGUUGCUGGGAAUCAUACGUUUUUUGGGUUGUUUUGUUUUGUUUUGUUUUGUUUU